AUGCGCCGCGAGUUAAACUUUUACAAUGAAAUCGUGGUUGCUUUCAUUGAAUGGCUGUAUAAAGCAAUCCAAUUUUCCCAAAAAGGAGACGAUUGGAAGUUGCUUGUGUCCUAUCAGUUGUUGAUCAUCAGUAAAAAUUAUAAUGGAAUUGAACGAACUUUGGGAAGUAUUUUUUACAUGAAAGGUUAUUUCGAACAUUUUGAAGACUAUCAGUGGUAUCUAAAGGCUAAGAGUCUGGGAAUCGGUAAUUAUGAAUCAGCGACGCUAUUUUCCAGUGAUGUUCAAACCCUGAUGCUCCAGGCUACUGAUAAAGAUUACGGGAAUAUAUCUUUGAAAAUCCAAGAAAUGCGAACAGAAAUUACACAGAACAACCAAACCAUUCAGACAGGGUCGUUAAAAACCAGUUUUUAUUGGUUUCAGACAAUGAGUUUAUACUUAGACAUGGUGUUCGAGGUUCAAAACGGUUUGGCUGAAAUCAUUAUUCAAUCGGUUGGCGACAAUUUAGCUGAUGAUACUCAAAGUAUUGCAAUUAGUGGUUUCAUAUUGUGUAUUGUUCUCAUUAUUUGCCCUUUGAUUAUCAUCAGCGUAAGGGCACUUGUUUCUAAUAUUCAGAAAUAUGCUCUCAGUUUGGCGGAUCAAACAGCACAGCUUAGCAAGGAAAGAAUGAGGACCGAGUCGUUACUAUAUCAGAUGCUUCCCAAACCUGUGGCAGAACAAUUAAAACAUGGUCAAUGUGUAGAUGCGGAGUCUUAUGAAGAAGUUACAAUAUUUUUCUCUGACAUUGUUGGAUUUACAAGUAUUUCGGCAGCGGGAAGUCCUAUGGAAGUUGUGAGCCUACUCAAUGAACUCUAUAUGUGUUUUGAUUCGAGAAUCGAGCUAUAUGAUGUGUACAAGGUUGAAACAAUUGGUGAUGCUUAUAUGGUAGCUUCUGGUGUUCCAAAUAAAAAUGACCGUCGCCAUGUAACAGAAAUAGCAACAAUGGCCUUAGAUUUAGCUCAUCAUGUCACACAUAUAGAGAUACCACAUCUACCUGAUACUUUACUGCGGUUACGAGCAGGAAUACAUACAGGUCCUGUUGUAGCAGGUGUAGUUGGAAGUAAAAUGCCAAGAUAUUGUUUAUUUGGUGAUUCUGUCAAUACAGCGUCUAGAAUGGAAUCCACAGGGAGUGCCGAUAAAAUUCAAAUCAGUUGGAUUACGGAAGCCAGAUUACAACCAUAUGCAAAUUUUACUACUGUCAAACGAGGCAAUAUCGAAAUUAAGGGAAAGGGCAAUAUGGAGACAUAUUGGUUACUAAGUAAACUUGGUUUCGAAGAAUCAUUAAAAUGUAUGCCAAACUGUUCCCAUUUACAACAAGCAUCCGUUCGCCGUAGUGUUUGUUACUGA